CGGGCCCCGGGCCCCGCACGGCGAGGCGGGGGCGGCGCUGCGCGUCCGGGCGGCCCCGCCAUGGUGAACCUGGGGCUGCGGCGGGUGCAGGAGAGCGUGGCCGCCAAGCACCCGGCGCUGCAGCAGUACGCGGCGUGCCAGUCCCACGCCUUCAUGAAGGGCGUCGGCACCUUCCUGGCAGGCAGCGGAGCCGCUUUCGCCGUGCAGAAGCUGGUGAGCAAGAAGCUGCCGUACAGCCUCCAGUGGAACCUGUUGGUGUCCGUGGCUGCAGGAUCCCUUGCCAGCUAUAUGGUGACCAAAGCAGAGACACAGAAAUGCUCUGACUUCUGGAUUUACCUGGAGACGGGCAAGUCCCCACAGGAACUUGCCAUGGCCGAUGGGGUGUCUCAAGCUACAGAAAAUCUCAGCCCAGAGGACGCAGAGAAAGUCACACCACCUGUGAGGAGGAACAAGUACGGAGAUAUUGUGGAGUAGCCAGUGCAGCACAGUGUGCUAUGCCUGUGUCCUGCUGCUGCCGUCUUCACCCCUUCGUGUUUGCCUGAUGUGCCUGUGCUGCAUGGGAGUUGUCUGUAGUACUGCCAGGGAGCUUAGAUAAGUCAGUUGUGCAGUAUAUGCAUGUUGGAGACCUGAGACUCACAGGUGGUCUGUGUGUGAGCAUUGCACAUGGCAAACAUAAUAAAAGUCCAGAGCUGAAA